AAAAUGUAUUCAAUAAUUAAACUACCAUUGCUAAUAUAUUUAUUAAUUGAAUUGUGUUAUGGAAAACCACCAUCAAAAAUAGUUGGUGGUGUAAAUUCACAACCUGGUUCUGUACCAUAUAUUGUAUCAUUAACUGUUGCCAAGACAAAUCAACAUAUUUGCGGUGGUAGUUUAAUUAGCCUACGUCAUGUUUUAACAGCAGCUCAUUGUUUUGCUGAUGUUAAUGAUGUUGAAUCAUUACGUAAAAUAAUAAUUCGUACAGGUUCAACAAAUCAUAAAAAAGAUGGUGAAAAUCAUACUAUUUUUAAAUUAUUAAAAAAUGCUGAUUUUACAUCAGGAUCAGAAAAUAGAUGGAGAAAUGAUAUUGCUGUUGUUGUUGUAAGUUGUAUUACUCAUUUACUAACCGAUUCUAUCAAACCAAACUUCUAUCAAGCACCAAUUUCAUUACCAACUGCUCUAACACCACCAAGAGUAGUUGGACAAGUAAGUGGCUGGGGUCAACUAUCAAAAACCAGUGAAUCUUCAAUAAUUUUACAAACACAAUUUACAACAAUAAUAUCUAAUUCAGAGUGUAGUGCUAGAAGUUCUGCGCUUGUUCUUGACACUCAAAUUUGUGGAUACAAUGCUAUAGGAGCUGGUUUUUGUAUGGGUGACAGUGGUGGACCACUUGUUUACAAUAAUGAAAUUGUUGGAAUUGCAUCAUUUACAAUUCCAUGUGGUACUGGAAUGCCAGAUAAAUAUACAAGAGUUGAUAAAUAUUUAGAAUUUAUUUAUAAAGCUAUGCAAAUGUAA